AGAAGUUCGCUCCGACGGAUCAGCAUGGCGACAAUAGCGGCGAUACCGACUAUCAGGGCCCAGGCGAGGGCAUCGCUCCGGCAUGUUCGUCGGCUGGCGACUGUGGCAAAUGCCAACGUCUCAUCUUCUUCCGCUUCGUCUUCUUCUUCCUCUGCGUCAACGUCUGCAUCAGCGUCAGCAGCUUCUUCUUCCUCAUCGGGGUGGACUCCACCGAUCGCACCGGGCGUCGAGCCGGCCUAUGAUGAGGCGCUCGCCUACAUCUCGUCACAGCAGGCCUCACUACGCCGCGAGAUCCCCGCGCUGGAAGCAGCCAUCUCGUCGCACCCUCCCGGCUCGCCUGAGCGCUCAUCGGCACAAGCCAAGCUCGACGCCCACCUCGUCGCUGCAGAGAUCAACGAUCCCGCCGUCCGAUGGCGCUUCACCAACAAUGUCGAUGCACCUCUCUCUUCUCCUGUCUUUGCCCACUUGCGCGAGCAGGCGUGGAGGCGCGGGCCCCUCGAGAGGCUCGCUGCGAGACUGCGCGACAUGUACAUCGUUCCAGACAUCUUGCUCACCUUUACACCCACGGUCGAUGUCCAGGUCUCCUUUGGCGAGGGGACAGGCUUCACAGAUGUCACAUCCAAGAGUGGGAUUGAGGACGUCAGCGGCGAGAUCAUCGACCCUGGCUGCAUCAUCCCCGCCGCGAGGACCUUUGACCAGCCCUCGAUCCUGGCCACGCCGUUCCAUGCCGAGGAGCGCUUCUACACAUUGGCCCUCGUUGAUGCCGAUGCGCCGUACGAGGCCGAGGAGCGCAUCGGGACAUAUCUUCACUGGCUCGUGUCCGACGUUGCCCUCUCCUCAAUAAAAAACACUGUCGAGGGCGGGUCCGACCUGGUGUCGUACAUCCCCCCUCACCCCCAAAAGGGCACGAAGCCGCACCGGUAUGCACUCUGCCUUCUCGCCCAACCCAAGGGCGCUUCUAUCUCCUCGAGCUCAGUCGAGCGUCGACAAUUCUCGCUGCGCGAUUUCGCAGCGCAAAACAAUCUCACCGUCGAAGGCGCCCACUUCUGGCGGAGCAAGUGGACCGAAGGCAGCAGCAGCACAAUCACCGACGUCUACCGACAAUUCCUGGGUGGCGAAGAGAACGAGCCUCACUUCAUCAGAGAGAGAUUGGCUUUCAAAAGGGCUGCAUGAAUGACUGUAAUAGACAUGAUUAGAAAGUGAAUCUAUCGUGACAGGGGA